AUGAAUCAUUCAUCAGAAUGUUUUCUGUGUUUUUUAACUCUGAUUCAACCUAACGAGACUUUCGUGACAUUGGCCUUUGAAGCUUUCAUUUAUCUUUUUUGGGAUAUUUUAUAUCUUCAUAUACUGCAAUGUACUUCAUUGAAAAAGGUCACAACAAAUAAGACGAAUAAAAUAAAUCAACUCAAUUCAACCGACAAUGCUAGAAACAAGAGUCAAGGGAGUUUUCGUGUCACAACAGUUUUUAAACUCACUCGUAAACAAGACAUCACGAUCUGA